AUCGCGGAGGUGGAGGACGAGGACGAGGAAGACGCGAGAUCGCGGCGGCGACGACGGUUCGAUCCCCUUUUACUCUCCAGGACCCGCGGGAGCGUCGACUGCGACGCGCGCUGCCGCGAAAGACGGCACGUCUUCGUGAUAAGUGUUACCGCGAUUUUGCGAGCGGCAGAAGACGCGAACGAGAUCGACGAGGGAAGGUAAACGAGGACGUGGAUCGAGAGCAACGAUGAACAACGAGGAACAAGCUCACGAUGCAAAGCAACAGAUCGCGACGAGUCCGGAGGAUACAGAGGACAUGCCCGCGGGUCAACAGGGCCCGCAGGUGCCGCGACGAAGGGGCGGAAUCUCGGCGGAGCCGGUCUCCGAGGAGGACGCUACCAGUUACGUCAAGAAGGUCGUACCUAAGGACUAUAAAACCAUGGCUGCUUUAAGUAAGGCCAUCGCCAAGAACGUGCUGUUCGCGCACCUGGACGAAAACGAACGCUCCGAUAUAUUCGACGCGAUGUUCCCCGUAACCUUCCUGCCCGGGGAGGCGAUCAUUCGUCAAGGCGACGAAGGUGACAACUUCUACGUGAUCGAUCAAGGGGAGGUCGAGAUAUUCGUUAAUGGCGAGCUGGCGACGACGAUCGGCGAGGGUGGUAGCUUUGGCGAGCUCGCGUUAAUCUAUGGAACUCCCCGCGCCGCCACCGUCAGAGCGAAGACCGAUGUGAAACUUUGGGGCAUCGACAGAGACUCUUACCGCAGAAUUCUCAUGGGUUCCACUAUAAGAAAACGGAAAAUGUACGAGGAGUUUCUCUCCAGAGUCUCAAUUUUAGAGUCCUUGGAUAAAUGGGAAAGGCUCACGGUAGCAGACGCUUUGGAGCCGGUAGCAUUCGAUGACGGCGAAACGAUAGUCCGACAGGGUGAGCCGGGAGAAGACUUUUAUAUAAUCGUCGAGGGAACUGCGGUGGUUCUUCAGCAACGCUCGGAAGGAGAUGAACCCGCGGAGGUCGGCCGUUUAGGACCAUCCGACUAUUUCGGGGAAAUAGCGCUGCUGCUGGACAGGCCACGAGCGGCGACCGUAGUGGCCAGGGGUCCGUUGAAAUGCGUGAAACUGGAUCGGGCACGGUUCGAGCGGGUCUUAGGCCCGUGCGCCGACAUUCUGAAACGCAACAUCACCCAGUAUAACAGCUUCGUGUCUCUUUCCGUGUAAACGGAUCCUCCGUCUCUCCCUCGCAUUCUUUCCCUCCUCUUCCCCGUCCGAUCCCAUCAUCGCAGUCGAUCGGUUCGCGCUACCGAUAAUCACCAACCUUUCAUCUCUACCAAGGGCUGCAUUAUUUCGCCGUACCGUAUAGUUAACACUUUUUUUUAUUUGAUUAAUAUUUAAGUGAAUUAAUGUGUUAUUACGAUCAGCUAUCAAUCAGAUGUGUAUACAAAGACGGUAUCGUUAGAGAGAGAUACUAUUAAUAUAUUUACACCGUAAGGCUAUUUACGCACCGUGUAACUCGCGACUCGACGCCGACGCGCACGUGAAUUUAUAUUGGCGUUGAUCUCUUCCGCGCGAUCUGUUCCUAAUUGUUACGUGCACGAAAAAUUAUUAAUCCGUUAACGUCCGGGAUUUUUUUUAUGUGGUUUAGGAAAUUUGAUUUUCGAAAGAAAAUUCACAAUACUGAAUCUUGAUAAAAUAAGCUUUACAUUAUCAAUAUCUUAUCCGAUAAUAAUGGUAUGCUUCGUAAUUAGAUUGUUUGAAUUGAAAAAAUAUACUCAAAUUUGUCAGAAUGUCUCUUCUUAUCAGAGGGUACCGAGCGUUAACAGAUUAAUCUACGGUUAAUGGCACGUUGUGUAUGCGUUUUGAAUGUAUUGUAGAGAUCUUUGAACAAAGUUGAUAAAAUGUAGAGACGUGGUUUAUAACCGUAACUCCCAAUACGAGGCUACAACAAUUUGCGUCAAAGAUGCAGACGUGGUUUACAUUCACGUCAUUACACGAAUAGAAUAAAAUCAUGUAUCAAAGUUAAAUUAUUUAAAAGAUAUUUACGAUUUCUAUUACGUCAGAAGCGAACAAUUGUACAAAUUGGCCCCAUUUGCAUGUAAUCAAUAGAAUGAACUAGUAAAAAUAUAUCAGUUUCUUUCCUUCUAAAAUUCUAUACUUAUAAGUAGUUUCUUUCUGUAAAUUUAGAAUCUUAAGCGAGAACGAAUUUAUGGCAAUUGAUUUAAAUUCAGUUUUUAAUUUUAUGGUCUAAAAAGUUUAGAUAGAUUUUACAUGUCCAUUCUAUUGAAUACAAAUAUCGAGAAUAAUAUAUUGCGACGCAUCAUAUCUAUGAAUCAUACGUUCGCUUCUAGUAUUGUAAUGAUAUAGCUGCAGCGGGGAGCCUUAAAUAUUGUAAUGAUUAGAAGAUAGAUAUUGAAAAAAAAAAUGAUGUUUUCUCGUUUUAUAUUUAUAUACUUUAAAUGUUCUAUGUUCUCUCUCUCUUUUCGUGUGAAUUGUUACAUUAUUUAACAUUUAAAUUAUUUUGUUGACCGAUUUUAGAGAUUAUAAUUAGCAACGAAUGUGAAUGUCGGUCGCGACAUGCAGUUGCUUUGACGCAAUAUGAAGGAACAAGAUAUUUAUUAUUGAAAUUUUAUUAUUGAAAGACGAAACAAAGACGAUGUGAAAAAACCGAGUCGCAAUUUAUAUCUUCUCUAAAAGUGCGCUAGGUCUACAGUAUCAUGCGACAAAAGUGAGGAGGGUAUAAAGUCAUAAAAUUAAAUAAUUUAUUAUGCACAACAUAGUAUAUCCAAAGUAAAAUAUUGUACAAUGAAUCAUCCCCUUUCCGAAUCCGUAAUUAUAAUGCAGCUGAUGCAUCUUCUAUACGCGCGCAAAAACGAUAAGAAGCAUCUCGAUCACUUGAGUCCAGCAAAAAAAAAA